AUGAGAGAGAAGCUUAGGGUAUUAAUUUGGGUAUGCAUGCUGUUAUGGGGGAAUUGUUUGGGCAGUUUUGUGGUGGAGAAGAACAGUUUGAAAGUGACAUCGUGGGCGAAGUCAAUCGUAGGGGUUUAUGACAGUUCGAUUGGGAGUUUUGGGGUUCCUAAGCACAGUGGAACCUUGGUGGGUAUGGUUGUUUAUCCUAAAGCAAACAAACGUGGAUGCAUCAACUUUGAUCAGUUUGGCAUGUCGUUCAAAUCAAGGCGUGGUGCACUUCCCAUUGUUCUCCUUCUUGAUCGUGGAGAUUGCUUCUUCACCUUGAAGGCACUGAAUGCUCAGCAAGCUGGAGCUGCUGCCAUUCUCAUCGCCGAUGACUUUAAUGAGCCCUUGAUAACCCUGAAUACCCCUGAAGAAACUUCUGCUUUUACCGGAUACGUGCAGGACAUCGCCAUUCCAUCAGCACUCAUUACUAAAUCACUAGGUGACAGAAUCAAGGAGGCCCUUAGUAAUCGGGACCAUGUUGAUAUAAACCUUCACUGGAGGGAGCCCCUUCUACGUCCUGACGAGCUGGUCGAUUACGAGUUUUGGACCAACGGCGACUAUGAGUGCGGACCAACAUGUGACAGCCAGCUCGAAUUCAUCAACAACUUCAAGGGAGCGGCUCAAAUACUUGAGCAGAAAGGGUACACUCGUUUCACCCCACAUUAUAUGACUUGGUAUUGCCCUGCAUCUUUUAUUUUGGCCGAACAGUGCAAAACGCAAUGCAUCAAUCAUGGGAGGUACUGUGCUAUGGAUCUCAAGCAUUAUCCUAACAGACGAUAUGACGGUAAAGAUAUUGUCAUUCAAAAUCUUCGACAAGCUUGCCUUUUCAAAGUUGCAAAUGAAAGUGGAAAGCCAUGGCUUUGGUGGGAUUACGUUACAGACUUUGCGAUCCGCUGCAAGUGGAUAGACAAGUAUACUAAAGAGUGUGCAGAUAAAGUUAUCCGAUCUCUCGGUAUUGAUGUUACUAAAAUCGACGACUGUAUUGGAGACACCGAGGCUGAUGCACAGAAUCCGAUUCUUGAAGCUGAACAAAAAGCACAGAUUGGGGAAGGCAACCGUGGAGAUGUUACUAUGUUGCCAACUCUAAUGAUAAAUAACAGGCAGUAUCGAGGGAAGUUGGAGAAAGGAGCUGUUCUCAAGGCAAUUUGUGCAGGUUUUCAAGAUGCCACAGAGCAAGCGAUUUGUUUAAGUGAAGUCUUAACGGAUAUAGAAACCAAUCGGUGCUCGGAAAACAACGGUGGGUGCUGGGAGGACAACAUUGCUAACAUUACUGCAUGCAGAGAUACCAUCCGUGGACGAGUAUGCGAGUGCCCCGUUGUUAACGGUGUGAAGUAUUACGGAGACGGUUAUACGCAUUGCGAAAGUAAACAUGUUUACUUGACAAGAAAGAAACCUAGUUUACAAACUAGAGACAGUGGUUAUACGUAUUGUGAAAGCAAAUAUAUUUCCUUGGUGAGGAAGAAACUUUGUUUACAAAGAUGUAAUCCUAGUGAGAUCGUCGUUUGGGCAAUAGUUCUCGGACUAGGUGUUGCUGGAGCUGCUGGAUAUGCAUAUUACAAAUACAAAAUCCUGACCACAUGGAUUCCAAGAUUUGCACAAUACUCGGCACUGAAUAACAAAGCAUAA